AUAGUUUAGUCUUCCCAAUUAAAAUGUUGGUGUACUUAAUAUUGGCUAUUUUACUUUUCGUUUUUUACUUAAAAUGGCGUCAUACUUACUGGAAAAGACUUGGAGUGUAUCAGUUUGAUACCGAGUUCUUAUUUGGCGAUACCAAAAACGAGGUGUUGGGUAAAGCAAGCAUUUUCCAAGCCUUUAAAGAUAAAUACAAACAACUGAGAGCCCUAAACCAGAAACACGGAGGUGUCUACAUGCUGCUGAAACCAGUUUACGUGCCUGUGGACCUGGACUUAAUAAAAAGAAUCGUCGUUAAAGACUUUCAAUACUUCCAGGGACACAUGGACAACACUCAUCCUAAAGACAACCUUAGUAAGAACCUUUUUGGUCUGUACGGUGAUCCCUGGAGGAAGCUAAGAAUCAAGCUGACCCCAACGUUUACUUCUGGUAAGAUGAAGUUGAUGUUUGAGACCUUAGUAGAGAAAACGAAGGGUUUGGAGGAGUUAGUGAGGAGUCACGUUAAAAAUAAUCAACCUCUUGACAUAAAAGAAGUGAUAGCUAGGUUCACUACUGAUAUAAUUGUCAGCUGUGCAUUUGGGCUCGAAAGUAACUGUUUGGGUGAAGCUGAAAGCGAGUUUCGUAGGUACGGAAGAAAAGUAUUUGAUUUAAAGACUUGGAGGAUGGUUAUUCGUAAUAUUCUUCCACGUGUGUUGGUGACUUUAUGUUAUCGUUUAGGAUUUACCUUAUUUCCUAGAGACGUAACCCAAUUUUUCAACAAAACGGUUCAAGAUACCAUUUGCUACAGGGAGCAAACGAAAUUCUACAGAAAGGAUUUCAUGCAGUUGCUGUUGGAGAUAAAGAACAAAGAAAACAGGGCGGAUUCAAUUACAGAUGAAGAGAUCAUUGCGCAAUGUUUUGUUUUCUUUAUGGCAGGCUACGAGACAUCGUCAACUACCACAACUUUUGUUUUACUCGAACUGUCACAGAAUCAACACAUCCAAGAGAAACUAAGAGCGGAAAUUAGGGAUGUCUUGGAAAAACACGAAGGAGCGAUUACUUACGAUGCAAUCAUGGAAAUGACGUAUCUUGAAAUGGUUAUUAACGAAACCCUAAGAAAGUACCCUCCAGUUCCAAAUAUUCCCCGAUUCUGCACGAAGGAUUAUCACGUUCCUGGCACAGACGUAACUAUUCAAAAAGGAACCCAGGUUCAAAUUCCAGUGUGGGGCCUUCAAACCGAUCCGGAAUAUUUUCCAAACCCGAAAAAAUUCAACCCAGAAAAUUUCAGUGCGGAAAAUAAGUCCAAAAUUCCGGAAAUGGCUUUUAUACCUUUCGGAGAGGGACCUAGGAUGUGCAACGGGUUGCGUUUUGGAAAGUUACAGAGCAAAGUUGCUCUGGUCAGUUUAUUGAGAAACUUUAAUUUUACUCUGAGUGAAAAAACUCGUAUUCCUAUUGAGUUUGAGAAAGUGAGUUUAAUUUUAACUGUUGAAGGGGAUGUAUGGUUGAAUGCAACUGAAAUUUAA